AUGGGCCGCAAACUGGGCGUUUUCCGCGCCGUAUACCUGGUUUCCGCCAGUUGUAUGGGCUCGUUUGCCUUCGCUUUUGACACUGGUGUUAUCAGCGGAGUCCUCACCCUCAAAUCCUUCCAAAAUGACUUCCGCUACACCUCCACCCAACAAACAACCGUAAACUCCAACGCCGUCUCCAUUUUACAGGCUGGCGCCUUCUUCGGCUGCUUCUUCACCAUGCCCAUUGCCGCGUACCUCGGCCGCCGCGGCGGCCUAAUCCUCAGCUCAAUCGUCUUCUCAAUCGGCACAAUCCUGCAACUCAUCAACGCGCACACACUUGGGACGUUCUACGCCGGUCGCGUGAUUGCGGGAUUAGGGAUUGGUGCUGCGACGGUGCUGGUGCCCAUGUACGCGGCGGAGAUGUCGCCGAAGGAGCUAAGAGGACGGCUGGGGAGUUGUUUUCAGUUAUUCUUUGCGCUGGGCGUCAUGGUUGCUUAUUGGGUGACUUUUGCGGUGAGUAAGGAUUAUGUGGAGUCGACAAAGCAGUGGCAGAUUGCGCUGGGGUUGCAGUUGUUGCCUUCGACGCUGUUGUUGGCAGGGAUGUGUACUGUGGCUGAGAGUGCGCGAUGGUUGGCGGCGAAGGGGCGGACGGAAAGGGCGUGGGAAUCGCUGAAAUGGGUUCGUGGUGGUGAAGAAAAUGAUGCGCUCCGUGAGGAAUUCGAUGAGAUCCUCGCUGGGAUCCAGGAAGAAGCGCGCAUCCGCGAUGGGUUCUCCUGGAAGGAACUCUUCGUCCUCCCCGGGAACAGAUACCGUCUCUUCAUCGCAGUGACCAUCCAGCUCUGCGCACAGCUCACGGGAAACACCUCCCUAGCGUACUACGCGAACCAGAUCUUCGAAGCUGUAGGCGCCGGUAGCUCCGCAAAACUAGUAACCGGCUUCUUCGGCGUCGUCAAGGUCGUCGGCGUCUUCGUCUUCCAGGUCUUCGUCAUGGACCGCAUCGGCCGUCGCGUGCCCUUCAUGGUUGGCGCAUUCGCAAUGGGCUCUUUCAUGCUCAUCAUCGCCUGUGUGCUCGCCACACAUCCAACUAGCACUGACAACUCAGGCGCAACGAAGGCCGGCAUCGCAAUGAUCAUCAUGACCUAUGCGGAAGCGUUCAGUUUCAACAUGUCCUGGGGUCCGUUACCCUGGUUGUAUGUGGGUGAGAUCUUCUCGAGUCGCACGCGUGAGGUCGGUGUUGCUGUGGGUGGUGCGUCGCAGUGGUUGUUUAAUUUCAUGAUGAGCCAGGUGACGCCGCAUGCGAUUGAGAAUAUCGGGUGGAGGAUGUUUUUGAUGUUUGCGAUUUUUAAUUAUGCGAUUAUCGGGUAUUCGUGGUUGUUUUUGAAGGAGACCUCAAAUCACUCGCUGGAAGAAAUGCAGCAUGUCUUUGGGGAUGCGCCGAGGAACAAGACGGAUGAGGAAAAUGAAACAAUGGAUGAGAUCGCCAAUGGGCCGAAGACUAGUCCUCGCUAG